UAACCUUGUUUGUUGUUUGUUAUUGUUAUCUUGCUCUUAACCAUAAAUUCAGCAAUUAAUGUGUGUCUAAUCCUACACUUAUUUUUAUUAAUUCUGAAAUAUUAUAUUUAAAAUAUUCUUCGACAAAUAUUCAAUAACUAACUGCUACCUAAUAGGGAAUGUCUGAGAAUUCAACCUCAUCUGAAAUCAAAAUACCUGUUCCAUGGGGUUAUGUUGCUGGAAAGUGGUGGGGUCCGAGAGACCAACCGCCAGUGAUCUGUCUCCACGGUUGGCAGGACAACGCAAGCACGUUUGACACUCUUGCUCCUUUACUGCCUCCUCAACUGAGCCUCUUGGCACUUGAUCUUCCUGGUCAGGGAUUCUCCUCUCAUUACUACCCCGGUCAGUACUACUUCCAUUGGUGGGACAGUAUUAUUUUGCUUCGUCGUGUUGUCAAACAUCUCAAACUAGAGAAAGUUUCCCUCAUGGGUCAUUCACGCGGGGGAUCCGUCUGUUUCUUAUAUGCAGCUACUUACCCAGACGAAGUCGACAAGCUCAUCUGCAUUGACAGUGCCUACCCGCAGCUUCGCACUCCAGAGUUUAUAGCUGAUAACACGAGAGCCAACGUUGAUAAGUUUCUUGAAUUGGAUGGGGGUUCCAAGGACAAAGGUCGAUGUUUUGAGAGACAAAUGAUGUUGGACGUGGCUUCAGAUGCCUACGGAUACUCUGUUACAAGGGAAGGCGUGGAGGUCCUUAUGAGACGAGGAAUGUCUUCAUCUCCUUCCAACCCCCAAUUGUUUUCCUUCACUCGAGAUCCCAAAGUCAAGCUGUCAGGUCUUGGAGUAGUCACCAAAGAUUUGGUUCUGGCGUACGCCAAGAAGAUAAGCUGCGAAUACCUGAAUAUACGAGCGGAACCUGGCAUUAGCGCAGUCUACCCGGAACUCUAUGACCAAGUCUUGGACAUCAUAAAACAGAGCGCCAAGCGCUUCGAAUACCACAGAGUUCAGGGGAAGCAUCAUCUUCACCUCAACAAUCCAACGAGUGUAGUCAAAAUCAUAGGUUCAUUCCUUACAUCGUAAAUUGUAAACAGCAUUUAUUAAAUACUCAAGAUGUCUAGAUACUUGUGGGAUUUGUAAAACGAUAAUUUUUCUACUGGUGAGUUAAACAAAUUAAUUUUCUAUAUAUUUUAUUGUUUUUUUUUUUUAUAUGGAUUAGUAGGUUAGAUUAUUUUAACAGAAACUGUUACUAUUAGCUUUUCA